AUGAUUCCAGCCCUAGGUGGUCUCGAUGCUGAGGAGGACGGGCAGUGGACGCUCACUGUUCUCAGCAACAUGGCAUCUCGCAUCACGGCGCAGAGCCCGGACAGCGGCAAGCCACAGGUGCUCGGCCUGGCAUUCCGGCAAGCAAGCAGCGCAAAGAAGGAGCCGACGGACUCGGAGGCCGGCCCCAGCCCGCAGUUCAGCCUGGAGUCCUUCCCUCAGAAGAUCUGCCUGAUCUGCGGGGACGAGGCGUCCGGCUGCCACUACGGCGUCCUCACCUGCGGGAGCUGCAAGGUGUUCUUCAAGAGGGCCAUGGAAGGGCAACAUAACUACUUAUGUGCCGGGCGAAAUGACUGCAUUGUGGAUAAGAUCCGCAGGAAGAACUGCCCGGCCUGCCGCCUUAGAAAGUGCUGCCAGGCCGGCAUGGUGCUGGGAGGUCGUAAGUUCAAAAAGUUCAAUAAGGUCCGGGUGGUCCGUGCCCUGGACGGCGUGACGCUCCCUCAGUCCGUGGGCCUCCCGAGCGAAGGCCCCGCCCUGGGCCAGAGGAUCACCUUCUCACCAAGCCAGGAGGUCCAGCUGAUGCCGUCCCUCAUCAACCUGCUCAUGAGCAUCGAGCCCGAGGUGGUCUACGCGGGACACGACAACACAAAGCCGGAUACCUCCAGCUCCCUGCUGACCAGCCUGAACCAGCUGGGCGAGAGGCAGCUGCUGUCCGUGGUCAAGUGGUCCAAGUCCCUGCCAGGUUUUCGAAACUUGCACAUCGACGACCAGAUCACGCUGAUCCAGUACUCGUGGAUGAGCCUCAUGGUGUUUGGGCUGGGCUGGCGCUCCUACAAGCACGUCAGCGGGCAGAUGCUCUACUUCGCGCCGGACCUGAUCCUGAAUGAGCAGCGCAUGAAGGAGUCGUCGCUGUAUUCCCUGUGCCUCACCAUGUGGCAGAUCCCCCAGGAGUUCGUCAAGCUGCAGGUCAGCCACGAGGAGUUCCUCUGCAUGAAAGUGCUGCUGCUGCUGAACACAAUUCCUUUGGAAGGCCUGAGGAGUCAGAGCCAGUUUGAAGAAAUGAGGUCCAGCUACAUCCGGGAGCUGAUCAAGGCCAUCGGCUUGAGGCAGAAAGGCAUGGUGCCCAGCUCCCAGCGCUUCUACCAGCUCACAAAACUCCUGGAUAACUUGCACGACCUGGUCAAGCAGCUUCAUCUGUACUGCCUGAACACGUUCAUCCAGUCCCGGGCGCUGGCGGUGGAGUUCCCGGAGAUGAUGUCGGAGGUGAUUGCGGCGCAGCUCCCGAAGAUCCUGGCGGGGAUGGUGAAGCCGCUCCUCUUUCACAAAAAGUGACCCCACGCGUUCCCUCUCAAGGAAAAGAAAGUUCUGCGUCAUGUCCUUUCGCUUCGGCGAGGG